AUGGCGCCAACAAAAGGCGCAGCGAAGCCCAAGACUUCCGGAAAAGGCGACUCGAAGAGCAACAAAGUCCUCGGCUCAAAAGUGAGCAAGAAGAAUGUCAAGCGACCGCCGCCAAAGGAAGUGAAAUCCAAGGCGCGCACCGAGCCAAGUCAACUCAAGAAGACGAAGAAGAGAGAAUACUCCGAGGCAGAGCUGGAUCUCCCCAAGUUAAAUAUGAUUACGCCUGUUGGUGUGUUGAACCCUAAGGGGAAGAAGAAGGGAAAGACUUUUGUUGACGACCCGGAGGCGAUGAUGACUAUUUUUGCUAUGGUUAAUGCAGAGAAGGAGGGUCAGAUUGAAUCUAAGAUCAUGAAGGCUCGACAAUUGGAAGAGAUCCGUGAGGCAAAGAAGAAAGAAGCGGAGGCUAGGCAGUCGGAGAAGAAAAAUAAACUGGUAUGGACGAGCACUCGGCUGUGUCGAACUGGAUUCUUGCUAACAUGGUCGCUGUAUAGGAAAAUGCAAAGGAGUCGAUCCGGCAAAAUCGCAAGGGCAAAGGCGGCGCUUCGCAGAACGCAAAGUCAGAUAAGACUGGGGCAGAGAGUUCAAAGCCGAAAUCAAGCGGCAAAAAGAAGAGCGUUGCCUUUGCUUGAGUGGUUUUGUACAAAAGUAAUCUUGUGUAUAGCAUGUUCAAAUUUGUUUUUAGAGGGGUCAUUGGCGUUUCUAUGGGUCUAUCUAUCUAUAUCUUUCGAAGCAUGA